AUGACUUCAAGAAUGAAUCUAACUUUGAAGAAUAAAUUAGUAAUAUUCGUUGUAGAAAAUCUCCAGAAUUUGAUAAAAAAACCUCCAGAUCUGUUCUUGUUUGUUGGUUCUGGUAGUGGUGGCGUUGGUGGAGAUGGAGGUGGUGGAAGAAAUGGAGGGGGCAGUGGAUGUGGGGGGUGGAUGUUGGUGGUAGGGACUGUAGAGGGGACUAGAGGGAUGACAUACGUGGGAAAGGCGACCAAGGGCGGUAGAAGUGGAGGGCGCGGCGGAAAUGGAGUAGCCGGGAGUGGAGGCAAAGCUGGAGAAGAUGAAGACGGAGGUGGGGUUGUUAAACGAUUUGGUGAAAUUGUGUUUAGAAUUUAG